AUGGCUUCUCUGUCUCUGCCUCGAGUCCUCAACCCAAGGAAAACCAGCUUGGAAAUAGAACGAGAAAAUUUCGAAAAGACACAAGCUCAAGCUCUUCAGAAGGCUAUAAACAGCAACGAAACGCCGGUGAAACAGAAACAUGUCCGGUCAGCGAUCAUCGGUACUUUCCACACGCAAAGCGCGAAGAUUUUUUGGGCCUACGCCCUCCGUCUUCCCGCCAUGGACGACAGAAUCGUGGCGUGGAAGCUGUGCCAUGUGGUGCACAAAGUGCUAAGAGAAGGCCAUCCACUGUGUUUAGUGGACAGCCAGAGGCACAAGAACGACUUGGAUGAAAUUGGGAAAUUGUGGGGACAUUUGAAGGAGGGCUACGGGAAGAUGAUUAGAUUGUACACGACUUUGUUGAUUUACAAGUUGGAUUUCCACAGGAGGAAUCCGAGGUUUCCUGGCCAUCUUGGCGUUACGGCCGAAGAACUGGAAUCGAUUGCAGGGAAUGAUAUCAAUAAUUAUUUUCAGAUGACCGUUGAAAUGUUUGAUUACUUGGAUCACGUUUUGGAUUUACAAGAAGCAGUUUUUGGUUCAUUGAACAUGGCGAGAUCGAAUUCGAUGACGAUGGCCGGUCAAUGCCGGCUGGCGCCCUUGAUAGCGUGCAUUCAGGACGCGUCGAAGCUGUACGAUUACUGCGUGAAGAUCAUGUUCAAGUUGCACAUGACGCUGCCUCCGGACAUCCUCUCAGGGCACCGGGAGCGCUUCCUGAAGCAGUUCAGGGUGUUGAAGAAGUUCUACGAGAGCACCAGCAAUCUGCAGUACUUCAAGGAUCUGAUCGCCAUUCCGCCUUUGCCCGAGAAUCCGCCCAAUUUCCUGAUAAUGGGCGAUUUUCGAACGUACGUCACCCAAGAGGUGAUCGUGCCGCAGGAGCCCGAGCACGAGGAGGAGCCCAUCGUAGAAGGGAACCUCAUCGACACCACCGAAGAAGCUCCAGUCCACGACACCUAUAACGAAACCAUGCUGAUCGCAGCCCAAGAGGAGCUGAUCAAAGAGAGGGAAUUCCUCAGAUCCCAGUGCGAAAAAUUCAGGCACGAAAUAAACGCCGUGAUGAGAAAAAACGAGAAGGACGUUACCAAAUUGCGCGAUAAAAUCGGACAUUUAGAGACGGAACUUGCUACCAAAGAGAGCGAACUGAUCCAGGAGCGGCAGGUGAAAGAGGACCUGCUGAGCCAAUCCUUCGCCGUUGCCCAAUCGCAGGAUUCCGAACAGAAAGUUAAGAACGAGAAGUUCGAUAAGCUGAAGGAGCUGUACGUGAAGUUGAGGAACGAGCACAUUCAGAAAAUACGCGAAAAAGCUGAAGUGGAGAAAAAAUUAAGCGGAGCCCUACAAACGAUCCAACAAUUAUCCGAAUUGGAGAAGGAAAACGACAGAUUAGUGGAGGAAGAAAAGCAAAAAUACGCCGAACUAUCCGCAUUGCAGAAAGAUAAGGAGUUAUUCAACAUGGAAACAGAAAUUCUCAAGAAAAGCGUUAUGGACGCGUGCCGAGAAAAGGACAAUUUAAAAUCCGAAGUGGCGACGUUGCUUCAAGAAAAAGAGGACAUCAAAAAAUCAUCCGAAGAGCUGUCGUACAAACUUUUAGACAUCGAAAGGCAAUUAGACCGAGCUCAAAGAGACAUGCAGAACCAGCUCAAGGAAAUGGUGAUCAAAUGCGUCGAAAGCAGCGAGAAUAUCUUGAAGCACGCCAUCGAAGAAGUCGACAAUCCCGCUCUCACGGCUCUCACUUGCUCGCCCGAUUACCUCAGAAGCCUAACCAAUGGUUGCAAGGAAUCCCUGCACGAAUCUACCAAUGUUUCCAGCACGAACUACUCCGAUAUCGUCACCGUAGCCAAUCGGCUCGCCCACAGACACGCCACCUACAUCCUGCAAGGACGGGCCACUUGCAACACGAGCCCCGAUAUAUCCUUCGGAGAAAAAGUGGCCGAGGCGUGUAAGGUGCUGGGUAAAAUCGUCCUCAAGCUGUUGAGCUCUCUGAAACGCGGAGAAAACGUGGAGGAAUUGGCGAAGGAAGCUAAAGAAAAGCUGGAGGAACUGGCCACUCUGGCGGAUGGUAUAAGCGCAUCUCUGUUGGGCGAAAACGCGGAAACUCUGGCCGAUAUGUUGGAUAACGAAAUGUCCGCGAUGGACAAGGCCAUCGAAGAAGCAGCUAAUAGGAUACAGGAUAUGUUAACGAGAUCACGAGCGGCCGAUUCUGGAAUAAAAUUAGAAGUGAACGAAAAAAUCUUGGAUUCUUGUACGACUCUAAUGCAGGCUAUUAGAUUGCUGGUGCAAAAGUCGAAGUUCUUGCAAGCCGAAAUUGUCGCUCAGGGCCGGGGUUCGGCCAGUACAAAGGAAUUUUACAAGAGAAACCACCAAUGGGCGGACGGUUUCAUAUCGGCCGCCAAAGCCGUGGCGGUGGCUGCUAAAUUUCUAUUAUCCGCCGCCGACAAGGUGGUGAUAAACAACGGCAAAUUGGAGCAACUGGUGGCGGCUGCGCAGGAAAUAGCGGCCUCUACGGCUCAAUUAGUGGUGGCCAGUCGCGUGAAAGCCGACAGGAACAGCGUCAAUUUGCAGCAAUUGACACAGGCCUCGAAAGGGGUUACAACGGCUACCGGUACGGUGGUCGCCACCGUGAAGGAUUGCAGCGAACUCAUUGAUGAAUCCGAGGAGCUGGACGUUUCGAAUUUGUCCCUUCAUCAAGCGAAACGUUUGGAGAUGGAUUCGCAAGUGCGAGUGCUCGAAUUGGAAAAGGAACUCGAACAAGAAAGGUACAGACUCGCCAAGCUCAGAAAACACCAUUACCAAUUAGCGGGAGAAAAUGAGACUUGA